GCAGUUUUGUCCCAGGACAAGGUUUUGGUUGACCGUGUGCGUUUAACGGCACAUGGAUUUUUGUAAACAUUAGCCGCUCUGCUGAUGACUUCGUAACAUCUUAGCCUCCAGUCACUUGUAUCCUGUAUCGUCCUCUACCUGUGUGGUCGGUGUGGCUGCUGCUGGUCAAUGACGUCUCUGAGGCUGCUGUCAGUGGACCCGUCAGACCGGGGCUCUCAGAGAUGCAGGCUGGGUCCAGGCUUGAUGUCGGAGCUGGGUCUGAGCCUGGGCUCCCCCCUGCUGGUGUCUGUCCCCGGGGGAAGCUGCCUGUGCACCGCCUGGCCCCGGUCUGACCUGGCUGAGGGCUUUCUGCAAAUGGACCUGAAGAGUUCGUCUCCCGGCCUGAUCUCUCAGCCUCCCACGCACCUGCACCUGGCCCCCGGCCAGCUCACGCCUUUACCCUGCCCCAAACUGAAAGGUGUAAAGAUAACUGUGGUAGUGCAGAGUUUUGAUUUUAAGAAGCACACACCCUCCCGCCUUGUUCAUGAGCUCGUGAAAGACAUGCUGAAAGGGGUACAUGUCCACGAGAAGCAUGUGGUAAAUCUGGAGGAUUUUGACACGGAGAUUAGAUAUGUUGUCAUUGAAAGCAUCAUCCCGGAUUCUGCCAGUGCUGGAUUCAUCACCUCGAAAACCGGUGUGGAGAUCGCUGGCAUCCAGACGGUCCGGCAUUACAGGAGUGGGCUGCAGGACCAGAACACAGUGUCACUGGGGGGUCUGGAGGAGGUGAGUGCCUCCCUGAGAGAGAUGCUGCAGCUGCCCCUGCUGUAUCCAGGAACCUUGAGCUCUCUGGGUGUGUCGUGUCCCAGGGGUGUGCUUCUGGUGGGGCCUCCGGGUGUGGGCAAGACGCUGCUGGUCCGCAGAGUGGUGGGGGAGGUGGGAGCCAGCCUGGUGGUGGUCAGAGGGCCAGAGGUGGUGGGGUCACGGCCAGGUGAGAGCGAGGAGGCGCUGCGUGCUGUGUUUCAGCGCGCUCGGUCUGCAGCUGAAGAGGGUCCAUGUGUGCUGUUCUUAGAUGAGCUGGACUCCCUGUGUCCAAGGAGAACUGGCUCAUCGACACCGGAGAACCGGCUGGUUGCUCAGCUUCUCACGCUGAUGGACGGGAUGAAUCGCUCUGAUCGCUUCCUCAUUGUCGGAGCCACCAACCGGCCGGACAGCUUGGACCCAGCACUGCGCAGACCUGGAAGAUUCGACAGAGAGGUUGUCAUUGGAGCUCCCACACUGCAGCAGAGAAAAGCCAUAUUGUCUGUUCUGUGUGCCAGGUUUCCUGUGUGUCCCACUGUGGACAUGGCAGAGCUUGCACAGAGAACUUCGGGCUACGUAGGAGCAGACCUCAGUGCCUUGUGCAGGGAGGCUGCCAUGAGCGCUAUACGGGAAAACUCAAAGGGUUCAGGAGAGCAGGCGGUGCGUAUGAAGCACUUCCAGGAGGCGCUGAAGUUGGUGCGUCCCUCCUGCCUGCGCAGCAGCCUGGGCAGGACCGAGCUCUCCCCAGUGUCUUGGGAGCGGAUAGGAGGCCUGGAUGAGGUCAAACUCAAACUUAGACAGAGUAUUGAGUGGCCAAUGAGGUUUCCCGAGGCCUUUGUACGUCUGGGUCUCAGUCGGCCCCGUGGCGUUCUGCUCUACGGACCUCCGGGUUGUGCAAAGACGACGCUUGUCAGAGCUGCAGCGACCUCCUCUCACUCUGCCUUCCUGUCCGUCAGUGGUGCUGACCUCUACUCUCCUUAUGUCGGAGACUCGGAAAAGGCUUUAGCACAACUGUUUCGUCAGGCCCGGGCCUGUGCUCCCUGUGUCCUGUUCCUCGAUGAAAUCGACUCUCUGAUUGGCUCACGGUCGAGCAGUCAGACACCGAACGGUGUACACACACGCCUCCUGUCCGUGCUCCUGAAUGAGAUGGACGGGGUCGGCCUGAAGACGCUGGAGAGGAGAGGGACCGAGAAAAUCCUCCAGGCCGAGGGAGCGGAGGAGAGUCACACACAGGAACAGCUGGACUGCCAGGAAGUAUGCAACAAAGAUGUGAUGGUUGUCGCUGCCACAAACAGACCUGACUGUUUAGACAGUGCCCUGCUCAGACCCGGCAGACUGGACCACCUCAUCUAUGUCCCACCGCCCGACCAGCAGGCUCGACUUGCCAUCCUGAAGGUGUGUACGCACUCGAUGCCCGUCGAUGCUGAUGUGUGUCUGGAGGAUCUGGCGACAAAGACCACACUUUACUCUGGAGCUGAUCUGGAGAACCUGUGUAAAGAGGCCGCUCUGUUGGCACUACAAGAGGAGAACAUGGAGGCUUCUGUCAUCAAACACACCUACUUCCUCCAGUCGCUCCGAAAAAUGAGCCCUUCCCUCACUGCCCAGCAGAUCCACGCAUAUCAAACACCCCUCAGAUGACAAACCACACAUGACCAUGUCCUAUGCUUUGAUGAAUUGUAAUAGAAAAUAUAAUAAUAAAUUAGUAAAACGUGA